AUGCUCUCUCGACUUGGCAUACGGGUAAGUGUAGUAGUGGAUUUGCCAGUUCUGUUUGGGCCAAUAUCACGAAGGGCUUUGAUGAAUUCUGGAGGAUGGCUCACAUUGACCCGGGAAAUGGAGUGGGGGUCUCUUUUUGGCACGAUUGUUGGAUCCCGGAGACGAUUCUCGCCGAAACUUUCCCCAGUGUUGCUGCCGCCGCGCCUAAUCAGGAUGCUUGGGUUUCUAACGUUCUGCUGCACACAGGUGAGAGUAUAG